UCACAAUCUACAGAAAGUGGCGGCGAAAUGAGUAAUCCUGAGUGGUAUUACAAUCAGCCACGGUAUAAUAAUACCAUACCUUCAGCUUCUCCGCAACAGAAUGGUUUUUGUCCAGUUCCCCCCGAAGCAGCACCUUCCGUUCAAUGGGGCUACAACUGGACGCAAGAAAAUGUUGCCGGUCGGUAUGUCCAAUCAACAUACGCAUGUGCGCCUCUUAAUGUGGCGGAUACACAAUAUCCAUAUUCGCCUAAUCAGUAUACGAUUCCGCCACCGUUUCCCAUUGAAAAUGUCACCCAACGUGGAUACAUGCAAGAUUGCCAUUCUAAUAAAACUGCAGAAGGUUUUGGUCCCUCAAACCGUUUUAGUUCCAAAUAUAGAACAAGUAGAUCUGGUUCAGUAGUAUCGCAAUCGGUUACUACUACAACUUCAGAGGAAUCGAGACAUCGCACAGAUAGUUCAAAUAGGGCAUUUAGAAGCAGAAGUUAUGCAAGUAGUCGUAGCAGUAUUUCUCGGAGGAGGAGUAGAAGUAGAAGUAGAGCAACAACUUCACGUAGCAAUAGACGAGAUAGGUAUUCAAAGGAGACUAAUAGAUACCGAAGUCCGCAAAGAAGCAGAGAUUACUGUGCAAGACGGGAGGACAAUAGAACAACAAAUAGAAAAUCGCGAGACAAGGAAAUUACUCAUUUCAAAUCGAAUCCAUCGCAUGCAUCUCAAACCGAAAGAGAUGCAAUUUUAAAAUUAUGGAAGAACAAUUACUGCAAUACCCAACAGAAGAUUACAGAAAAAUUGGAAGAAUAUGUUAAGAAAAACGAAGAUAUUAUUUCCGCUGAAAGAAAAAUUUGGACCAGGUCCACACCAUCUGAAUUGUAUUACGAGAGAGAGGAGACUAAUUUUAAAAUACUGAAAGGCUCUGAAAAAUUAGUUGAAAUGUGUAAAUCAUUUAAAAAUGAGCUAUUGGAUAGAUCUGCAAACAUUAAUAUGCUUAAGCCAAAGUAUGAGCCGCCUCCAAGGAGAAAUCGUCGUCGAAUGUGCAAACAUAAAACGGAAGUCAGAAGCAGUAGUUCAGAUUCGGACAGUUCUAAUGGUAGCUUUUCUGAUGAAGAAGAUUAUUCUAUGGAAGAGCUUCAGAGAAAGCAACAACAUCCAGACCGCCUUGACACAGAAAUGUGGUAUAAUGAUCCAGGAGAAAUGAAUGACGGACCUUUGUGCAGGUGUUCCUAUAAGUCAAGGAAAUCUGGCAUCAGACAUGGAAUUUACCCUGGCGAAUUGCCUAUUCCAAAAUGCUCUAUUUUCACCAACAAUGCUGAUAAAUUGUUCCAUUAUAGAAUUAUUAUAUCUCCCCCAACAAACUUUUUGAUCAAAGCACCUACUAUUAUCCAGCACGACGAGCACGAAUACAUUUUUGAAGGAUUUUCGAUUCUAUCCCAUUUUCCAUUACCCAACCUGCCACCUUGUAAAGUAAUUCGUUUUAACAUCGAAUACACCAUUCUGUAUUACGAAGAAAAAUUCCCUGAACAUUUUACCAUAUCAGAGAUCGAUUUAUUCUCUAUGUUCCUAUUUAAGGAAGUCUUAGAACUGGUAGAUCUAGAUUUGGUCACUCCUCUUGACAGUCAAAGUUGUUCUCGAUUUCACUUUAUGCCGAGAUUUGUAAGAGAGUUGCCAGGAGAUGGAAAAGAAAUUUUGUGCAUGCAACAAGUCAUAAAAUACCUGCUGGAUAGUUCUGUGCCGCUUAUUCAGGAAUGCGACCUGGAAAGUAUGGUGAAAAUGUCCCAAUAUGAGUGGCAAAAUUUUGCUGACGAAUUGAAGGGCAUGGUGGUGACAUGUCCUGGAAAAAAACCAUCUUCCGUACGUGUCGAUCAAUUGGAUCGAAAUAUUGACUUGCAAAAAGAGGGAGACUAUAAGUUUCCGGAAAUUGUUCAUUUUGGUAUUCGACCUCCACAAUUAAGCUACGCUGGCAAUCCGGAUUAUCAGAAGGCUUGGAGAGAAUAUGUAAAGUUCAGACAUCUUAUUGCAAAUAUGUCAAAGCCUACCUUUGACGACAAGAGGAAGCUGGAAGCCAAAGAAAACAAGCUGCAAGAAAUGAGAACACAAGGACAAAUGAAACGUGACGUUACUGUAGCAGUUUCUGCGGAAGGGUUUUAUCGGACAGGAAUAAUGUGCGAUAUUGUUCAACAUGCAAUGCUUAUGCCUGUAUUAGUUUGUCACUUAAGAUUCCACAAUUCACUAAAUAUACUAGAAGAAUCUCUCAAUUAUAAAUUUCAAAAUCGCGGAUUGCUUCAACUGGCUCUAACCCAUCCAUCAUAUAGAGAAAAUUUUGGUACAAAUCCGGACCACGCCCGAAAUAGUUUAACGAAUUGCGGUAUUAGACAGCCUGAAUAUGGAGAUCGAAGGAUCCAUUACAUGAACACUAGAAAAAGAGGGAUUAAUACGCUAAUAAACAUUAUGUCGCGAUUUGGAAAGCAAGAAGAGACCGAAUCAAAUAUAACUCAUAACGAGCGUUUGGAAUUUUUGGGCGAUGCAGUUGUAGAAUUUUUAUCGUCGAUUCAUCUAUUUUUUUCAUUUCCUGAACUUGAAGAAGGCGGUCUUGCCACGUACAGGGCUGCAAUAGUUCAGAACCAACAUCUUGCUCUUCUGGCCAGAGUAUUGAAACUUGACCAAUUUAUGCUUUAUGCACAUGGUUCGGACUUGUGCCACGAUCUAGAAUUAAAACACGCAAUGGCUAACUGCUUCGAGGCCCUGAUGGGCGCCCUUUUCUUAGACGGAGGAAUUGAUGUUGCCGAUCAGGUCUUUUCCAAUACUUUGUUCAGAGAUAAUCCAGACUUAUUAAAGGUUUGGGUAAAACUUCCCCCACAUCCAUUGCAAGAGCAAGAACCGACUGGUGAUCGACACUGGAUUCAGAAGUUUGAAAUCUUGAAUAAACUCACCGAGUUUGAAAUGAGCAUUAAUGUCGAAUUCAACCACAUAAGACUGUUAGCUAGAGCUUUCACCGAUAGGAGCGUUGGAUACACCAACUUAACUAUGGGAUCGAAUCAAAGAUUAGAGUUUUUGGGUGAUACCGUAUUACAACUCAUUGCCUCCGAAUAUCUAUAUAGGUACUUCCCAGAGCAUCAUGAAGGACAUUUAUCUUUACUUAGAAGCUCGUUGGUGAAUAAUAGGACGCAAGCUGUAGUUUGCGAUGAUCUAGGGAUGGCUCAAUAUGCUUUAUACAGCAAUCCUAAGCCUGAACUUAAAACCAAAGAUAGAGCCGAUUUACUAGAAGCUUUUAUUGGAGCUCUUUACGUGGAUCAAGGUAUGGAAUUUUGCGAACUAUUCUGUCAAGUUACGCUAUUUCCACGACUUCAAGAUUUUAUUAUGAAUCAAGAUUGGAAUGAUCCAAAGUCAAAACUACAACAGUGCUGCCUAACCUUACGUACUAUGGAUGGAGGGGAGCCUGAUAUACCAGUUUACAAAGUGAUUGAAUGUAAAGGUCCUACAAACACCAGAGUCUAUACGGUAGCAGUCUACUUCAGAGGAAGACGUUUAGCGAGCGCAAUGGGGCACAGUAUUCAACAGGCUGAAAUGAAUGCCGCCAAAAAAGCCCUAGAAUUGUCACAAGAUCUAUUCCCACAGCUUGAUCAUCAGAAGCGUGUAAUUGUGAAAAGUUUGAAGCGCCAACGAAAACACAAAAAUUCGAAGAAUCCACACCAGCAAAGAGACACCAAGUCACCGGAAAGUUAUUCAAGGCAUCGGUUUAAGUCAAAAAGCCCUGAUCCGGAGAAUGGUCGUCACCGUACUUUACAUACAAAAAGCAGAAAAGACUCUAAAUCAUUAAGUAAGACAGCUACCCAGUACUCUACUCGAAAGAAGUCAUCUUCAAGUAGUGAAAGUGAAGCAGAAUCUUCCACAACCAAAAAAACAAAUACUCAGUCACCGCAAUAUACAAGCGAAAAUUCUAGCGACAGUUCUUCGGAGUAUACAGCAUUACAUAGAACGAAUUUCAAGAAAUUGAUAGGCAGAAGUGACUCUAUAAGUGACUUGCUUGAAUGCUCGGGCACUGAUAAGGGCCCUGUGUGAUUGAGAAAAAAAUCUGAAACAUUUAGUUAAGUAUGUUAGUUAAUCUCGUCUCGUUUAGCUUUUGCAAAACUUUAGUCAGUUUGUGUGAAAAAAACUAACUUAAUAACCAAAAACUCGAUAAUCAUAAGCAAACCCAUUUGAGAUAAUAAUGUUAUAUUUAUAUGCUGCUUUUAUGUCGACGGUGGUUGAGGAUUUUUUUUGAAACGGGUUCAUUUUGGGCGCAUUUUUUAAUUGCUUUAUAUUGUUAUUUUAUUACGUUUACAUAUCCAACGGUGGGCCAACGAAAAGGUCGCAUCCCUAUUGUA